GCAUUAUUAGGUGGAACGUGACACACAACUUAUCACUUAUAAAAUCAUAAUCCCAUUGAGUUGAAAUCAUUUGAACAAAAAUAACAAACAUUUUUUGCAGAAAAUUUAUCGACCAAAAUGGAUCAACUGAAGCCAAGCCCGGCCAACUCGAGGCCGCUGACGCCGAUCAGCUUCAUCGAGCGAGCCGCCACCGUGUACGCCGAUUGCCCCUCCAUCGUGUACGGCUCCGCCACCUUCACAUGGUCGGAGACCUACCUCCGCUGCCUAAAGAUCGCGUCGACUCUCUCAUCCUUGGGCGUCAGUCGCGGCGACGUGGUGAGCGUCGUGGCCCCCAAUAUCCCCGCUAUGUACGAGCUCCACUUCGCAAUCCCCAUGGCCGGAGCGGUCCUCAACACCGUCAACAUCCGCCUCAACGCCCACACCAUCUCCGUCAUCCUCAGCCACGCCGACUCCAAGCUCGUCUUCGUCGAUUACCACUCCGAAUCAGUGGUGCUCGAAGCGAUCAGUCUCUUCCCUCCGAAUUCACCGCGCCCCAGGCUCGUCCUCAUCGCCGAGGGAGCUGAGUCAAGAGCUUUGAAGCUGGGAUUCGUCUCUGAUUACGACGCCGUUGUGUCGAACGGCGAUCCGAAUUUCGAUUGGGUUCGGCCGGAGAGCGAAUGGGAUCCGUUGACUCUGAAUUACACCUCGGGCACCACAUCGACGCCCAAAGGCGUCAUCCACAGCCACCGCGGCACCUUCCUCGUAGCGAUUGAUUCCUUGAUGGCAUGGUCGGUGCCCAAGGAAGCCGUCUAUCUGUGGACGCUGCCCAUGUUCCAUGCAAACGGCUGGAGCUACACAUGGGGUGUGGCCGCCAUGGGCGGAACAAACGUCUGCCUCCGCAAAUUCGACGCCGCCGCAAUCUACGCCGCAAUCCACAACUACCACGUGACGCACAUGUGCGGCGCACCGGUGGUCCUCAGCAUGCUCACCAACGGGAAUUCGAAGCCCUUGGAAAAGCCGGUUGAAAUUCUGACGGCAGGAGCGCCGCCUCCCGCGGCGGUGCUGCUCCGGACGGAAUCUCUCGGGUUCGUGGUGAGCCACGGGUAUGGCCUGACAGAGACCGGAGGGAUCGUGAUUUGCUGCACGUGGAAGAAGAAGUGGAACAUGCUUCCCGCGGCGGAGAGGGCGAGAUUGAAAGCCAGGCAGGGGGUGAGGACCCCCGCAAUGGCGGGGAUCGACGUGAUUGACGAGGAAACAGGAAUGAGCGUGAAGCGCGACGGCAAGACUUUAGGCGAGGUGGUGCUCAGCGGCGGCUGCGUGAUGCUCGGCUACCUCAAAGACGCCGAUGCCACUGCCAAGGCGCUGAAAAGGGGAUGGUUCUUCACCGGUGACGUGGGGGUCAUGCACCCCGACGGCUACCUAGAGAUCAAGGACCGGUCCAAGGACGUGAUCAUCAGCGGUGGGGAGAAUCUGAGCAGCGUGGAGGUGGAGUCGGUGCUGUACGGGCACCCGGCGGUGAAUGAGGCGGCGGUGGUGGCUCGACCGGAUGAGUUUUGGGGGGAGACGCCGUGCGCUUUCCUGAGCUUCAAGGAGGGGGUGAAGCAGAAGCCGACGGAGAAGGAGGUGAUAGAGUAUUGCCGAGAAAGAAUGCCGCGGUAUAUGGUGCCGCGGACGGUGGUGUUCAUGGCGGAGUUGCCCAAAACCUCCACCGGAAAAAUACAGAAGUUUGUGCUAAAAGAGGCCGCCAAGGCUAUGGGAUCGUCCAACAUCAGUAAGCUCUAGUAGGCAAUCAACUCUUUUUUCUGCAUUCUCACAAUAUGUUUUCGAAUUAUUUUCAUUUCCGAUUGCAUGUUCCCUUAUUUACUUUUCAGUUAUGUUCAUUCACAAAAAUGGAGUGUCAUUUGUCUUGUUUCA